AUGCUGCUCUGCUGUGGCAUAAGGCCAAAAAGAACCGUGGUUGCACCAGCCCCUCCAUCUCCCUACCCCCCACCACCGGCGGAGCUCUACGACUCCGAUGCAAAGGACCAAAGUUAUUUCAGCGAACUGUCCACCUUCGCUGAGAUAAAGAUGCCGAAACGCCCGCGGAGCUCCUGCCAGCAGGUCAUCAACACGACGCCCUAUUUCGGGCCGUUCGCCGGUCGAAGAGUGACUUUUGUUGUAGAAGAAUCUAGAACGACUGUUUUGGUGGACAACCAACAUAUAACAAACCGGUUAGAUUUUACGCAGGGUCGAAGUGGCAGAUCCAUCAAAGAUAGAUGUAUAGCUUUCCUUCACGCGACAGGUCGAGACGGCGCCCACUGCGAGUAUAAUGUCCCUUCCCCAAAGCCACCAACACUGAAGUUUUUUUGCGAGAGACGCAUAUGGCUCAGCGGUGAAACGCCACUGGGGAUGCCGCUGGCGGAGGCUCGCAGGUUCAACCAGUAUCCGAAGCAGACCCUGAAAGUAAACGUAUGGCCGUCGUCCGUUGUGCGCGCUCAGCCGAUGGCGAAGAAACUCAAAAUCAGCGUGCCGGUUUGUCUCUCUUUCGGCGAAUUAGAAUACUUUAUGCGAGAAGCGCUUUACCUGCAGUGGUCGCAUGCGGCUCUACAUUUACGCGAACCGGAGGGGAUCUAUCCACUGCAACCGUCAGACCCUCUCAACUCCCAUCACACGGAGCUGGAGUGCUUCGUCCGAGUCCAGCCCGUCUGUCUGACUACACCGCGACCGUUUCUUCUCCCCAUCUCCUUGAUUGGCAUAGGGACAGGCGAAGUCAGAGUCACUCCUGCAACGACAGUGCUUGAGCUCGAAUGUGAGAUCGCAGAGCUCUUUGGUCUACAGCAGGGAGACUUCGUCUACAUCCCAGCCCUCUUUUCUUCCCAAGUUAGGGAGUCGUUUGGCCUUGGAAUGUUCUUCAGUGCCAGCCGAAGAGAGGCGGAUGCAAUGGCUCUCAUUGACCAGUCCAGGCGAUUUCCCAUUGCCUUGAAGGACCCAACACUCACGAUUGACCACCGCCAAUUGUCCCUCUACAGCCUAACACUCAGGGAACUUGGGUUUCUUAUUGACUCCCCGCCACUGGUAUGUUUCUGCGUCAAUGGACCUACUGUCCCCAUCUCCUUCCGGGCGACUGCCAAUGGCAGGGAUGCUGCGAGUCACAUGAGAGUGACAAUGGACACCAGAAUCAUCAGCAUAAAUCUGAAAUGGACGACAUCAACUCUUCUGAAAUACGUCGAUUAUUAUGGCUCAGUCUAUAAACGAGGGCUGGGUCGCUGGCUGGAGGACUAUACACCCACGGUGAGUGUGUAUUCCCACCAAAAUAAAGCUACACCAGAGCUCGUUCUUCAGAUCCCCGACUCCCUUACUUUGGACUAUCUAAUGAGUUCAGGCUUCAAGACAGACGAUCCUAGAGUAGUUCGACUCAUUUCACUGGCAGCGCAGAAGUUCAUCUCGGAGGUGGCAAUGGAUGCUGUCCAGCACUCCAAGAGACGGGGAGCCAACCAGGGCUCCAGGAAAGGAGGGAAGGACCGUAAGCUGAUUCUGACACUAGAAGAUCUGGCCCCUGCCCUUCAUGAGUUUGGCAUAACCAUCAAGAAACCUAGCUACUACACAUAGACAGACGCAGCACCACACACGCUCUCAUCAUCACAACUCAUUGAUUUUUAGUCAUCAAAUGUUGUUGGUAAUACCAAUAGUAAUUGCAGACUUUGACAAGCUGACAAGAAAAUUAUCGUGUCUAUUAUUGAUUGUACCACUGGAAGAGGUGUGAAGAGUGUCAAAAAAGAGGCCAAAGGCGAACAAAAUACUCCCA